GCGCGCACUGAUGUGAGCGAGAAACCACUUACUUGCGUCCCUCAUGCGGCAAGUCGUGGAAAUUGCGAUUGCAAUAAAAUCGGUCCACCUCUCGUGCAACCACUAUACCAUCGUGCAACGACGUCUAGGCGAUAAUUCAUCUUCAUCCAAGGUGAUCGUGAGAAAGAAGGAUGCGUAGCAGUAGCAGAGUCGGUGUCAACAUCAUAUCACCAUCACGUGCAACAUCGCUGAUUCGUGCCAGCAGACAUAUUUGUAGAAAUACUCGUGAAGCAAGAAGAAGAACGUGCUUGAUAUCGGUCGUGCGUGAAAAUGCUAUCCCUCUUUAUCCAUGCUCGUGUAGAAAUAGCAAUUGGUCAUCAACACCGAAACAUGAAUAAUACCAUCCCAGGGAAGAUAUCAUUAUCUCACCUCAAAACCCAAACUGAAAAAUCGCAAAACUGUUAUUUUCAAAAAACGUGUCAACAACAAGUUUCGUGCCCGUGUGCAUGUGACUUUGAUAUUCUGCACAGCACUUCAUCCCAACACAUUUUCCGAAAUUCAUUGUAACAUCACCAGAGCUGCGGCACUGCUUUGUUCAAAAUCCCGCUUUUUUUUGAAUCCUGCAUUGGCAAGUGUUAAGUAUCCGCAAACAUGGGGAAUGCGUGUGGAUGCGAGCCAGCCCCUGGGGCGAAGGAUGUGAAGGCCACGGGGGAGAUGAAGACGGUGACAAAAGUGUUGGAAGACGGAUCCACUUACAAGGGGGAAACCAAGGAUGGCAUCGUCCGACACGGCAAGGGAACCUACACAUACCCAGACGGCAAGACCAGCUACGAAGGCGACUGGAUCGACGGCAAGGCACAUGGGGUCGGCACCUUUAAGGACGGGGAGUCGGAGUAUUCUCAAAUUUGAAAAUUGUUGUACUUAUGUGCUCUUCGGUAUUACUAGAAUCUACCUGUCAAGAGUAUAUUUUUGGGACGCCUAGUGGUCCAACAUUUACAUUGCUGGCAUUCGUAUUCCGCUCGACCCGCAGGUACGUCGGACAGUGGGAGGACGACUUCAAGCACGGGCAGGGCACGGAGACCUGGGUGAACGACGGCAGCUCCUUCGUGGGGCAGUACAAGUACGGGAAGAAGGAGGGCCACGGCAAGUACACCUGGCACGACGGCAGCUACUACGAGGGCGCGUUUGUGGCCGACAACAUCGAGGGGAACGGCACCUACUACUCCCAUUCCUGCACCUUCACCGGCGCCUUCAAGGACAACGUCAAGCAGUAUUCAUUUUACAUACUUGACCCUUUAGCUUUUCAUUUUUUUUUCACCAAAUGCAUUUGCAUUCCAUUUAGCUACUUCGCAUGGAUAGGAUUUUUUUAUCUUUAUUAAAAAGCAAAAAAAGCAAAAUCCAUCUGGCUUCUAGAGUCUUGUGGGGUCAGAAGCAGGAUCAUGUUGAUGGUGCAAAGCCUUGCAGGGGACGAGAGAUUUCGUAAAAGAACAGCACUUCAGACUAAUCAUAGGACGGUCAAGAUGUUGAUCCUUGUCCGAUGCAACAGUUCCUGUGUAUAAAGCGCCGCAUAGUAAAAAUUUGAAUUUUGUAUUCUAGUAAGUUUGCCACCCUGAAGUAGAUCACGCUAGACCUCACCCUGUAUAGACCGCUGCCUCCGAUGAAGGAGGACUUUAUCAAAACGUACGGAUUCGUAAAUCGAAAAGAAUGAACAAUCCUGAUCAACAAAAACUGCAGUGGCUACGGACGGUACGAGUGGUCGGAUGGCAAAGUGUACGAAGGCUACUUUUUCAAGGAUCGCAAGCACGGCACGGGCACCAUGACCUGGCCAGACGGUUACGCCUACAUUGGACCCUGGGAGGAGGGAGUCCAGCACGGCAAGGGAGUGAUCAAGGAGCCCGAUGGCACCGAGGAAAAGUGCGAGUUCGAGCGCGGCACGCAGAUCGCAUAAAAAGAAGUACUGAUAAAGAAACCCUUCUUCAAGAAUAAAAAUAGGAAAGUCGUGGCAGCACAACUAGUACAACCGACGCUUUGACGUAAACACGAAGACUUUUGAAGAAGUAUAGUCGAUCUGCAAGAACUACGUGAUCAGGCUCAAGGUGAUCAAAACCGUACAGUACAUAAUUUCGAUUUUUUGAAACUCAUUUUCAACAUGUAAAAGCGGCCAUAGUCGAGUUUGUCAAGGCUACAGUAUUAUUAUUCGCCGCCGUGUUUUUGCGUUUUUUUCUCGUAGUUCACGUACACUCUUUAUUUUCAAGCACAGCCUGGCUGAAGGUCGUAAAUGGUCAAAAGAAGAACUACUUUGUGGCCACUCGUCGUCCUUAAAAGGCCCACGCCAAGAAGUGCAAAGCUCGCAUGCCUUUUUAGUUUUUUUCACUUUUGUAUCAUAUUUCAACACCAUUAUUAUAUUUCAACAUUUCAACACACGCUCACAUAUUUUUAACACGUCAACAUGCAUAUAAUCACUGCAAGUAAGUACUUAUGACCUUCCGUGUGAAGGCUCAGGGAGCAGUCCUAUCGAAAUACCUUCUUCGAAGCAGGCGAACUAAAUGGAAAAAUACGGGGGACUAUGUACAACUACAGAACACACACGAGAACAACUUCGUAUUGCGGGAUCAGUUGAAGUAGACUCGACAGAUCAUAAUUUUUUAUGAUGUGUUAGUACGCUGCAUCCUUUUCAUCGCUGCGCUGCGCGAGGUAUCCCCGAGCUGCGGUCUGCGAUGGAAAUAUCUUCGGGGCAGCACGUCCUCUCACGAGGAGCACGCAAUAUGGAUAGAUAGCCUCUAAAAUAACUCACAUAAAUCAGCGUUUUUUGUUCGCAACCAAAUGCCAUUACCUCACCCCCUGUAAUUUCCACCUAGAACAACCUUUAGAAAAUAACCACGCUCAGUUAUUGCGAUUCUGUGUGACACCAAUUUUGUUGGGUAUCAAAAGCAACAUAGUACUACACUCUGAAAUCAACCUAGUACAUCACCUCACUGCACACAAAAAUAUUCCUGUGUCGCCUUUGCGCGAUUAUACAUUUAUUUCUUGGACGUUUGUAAUUGAUUCUCGGACAGAGUCCUCGCCUCUGGGAACGAAAGAUGGGAGGCAUUUUACUGUGUGUUUCUGUAUGCUGUGAAAGAAAGCGUCGUGGUUUGGAGUCAUUCCAGGCGGAGAAAUAAAAGAAAAGGACGCAAAUCGAAAACUUGUCGUCGG